AUGAAGCCAACUAUAUUGUUUGUGGCACAUCCAGACGACAGAUCGCAAAUCUUACACUCCAAGCCGUUUCAAGAUCGCUUUGAAUGCCUUCACCACGAAGUGACCACCAAGGAAUCCUUGUAUAGCUUUCUCAAGGAGCACUCAAAAAGCCACAGGAUAGUGGCAAUCUACGGUGGAUACCCAGCGUUUCACCCCUUGGGAGGUCUUACCCGUGAAAUUAUCUACAAUGAGUGGUUUCCGCGCGAGACAUUGCAAUGUUUGGCGUUGUGUUCGAGAGGUUACAACGGGUUCGAUCUAGAGGCGCUACGCGAGAAUGGCAUCAUGUUGUUCAAUUUCCAGGACCAGAUAUGUGACACGGACUCCGAGAGAGACCAAGGCGGCAACGACGUUGCCGACUGCGUGCUGUGGCACGUCCUGGAAGGAUUUCGGAAAUUCUCGUUCCAGCAAGAGAUCUUGCGCGCCGAUGGCGACACUUAUGUGGCCAGGAACCACGGCGCCAUGAAAAACGACAAUUCCUGGGAGUUCGGCCAUCGAUUGAGUAGCGACGGCUCGCUGCUUGUCCGAUCUCCGCGCGGAAAAAAAUGCCUGAUACUGGGAUUUGGUAGUGUGGGCCAACAGAUCGCCUACAAGCUGCAUCACGGGCUCGGGAUGCAAAUUCACUACUGCAGAAGAACGGAACCACAGAUCCCGGAUGCCAACGGCUGGAUUUAUCAUAGUUUCGAUGACGAACUCAAGGCGCAACUCCGGCAGUUCAGCGUGAUCGUCGUAGCACUGCCGGGAAACUCAGACACCUAUCACCUCAUAGACAAGGAAUUCCUUUCCCAUUGCGACGGGCCCAACCUGACUCUAAUCAACGUGGGUAGAGGUUCUAUUGUCAACUCAGACGACAUAGAGUCAGCGCUGCAGCGGCGUCAAUUGAGACACUUCGGCGCCGAUGUCUUCUACAGAGAGCCCAAAGUGGAUCAACUGCUGCUACAAGAGCACAAAAUGGUCAGCAUCACGCCUCAUUUGGGUAGCAGCACGGAAGAGGUUUUCUACCAGAGCUGUGAACUCGCCUUGCGCAACAUUAUCGAGUGCCUAGACGGUUCGCUAUCGCGUGUCAGCCAGGCUUCAAGAAUAGUUUAG